CGACGAACGUGCGCAGCUGUCUGUAUCUGUAUCCGAAGCGAAUGCGAGUCCGCUGUGAUCCGCAGCUGAUGCGGUUCGCGGCGCGUCGUGCAUCGUGUUUGGUCUCGCGUGUGUUUCGUCUUGGAAGAGAGGAGGACGGCGGGAAAGAAAAAAAAAAUGUGUCGCGUCGAAAUUCAUCGACACUGUCCUCGAGUUGUCGUUGGCCGCGAUCUUGAACCCGCGAUCGACGUCGCGUACGCGCGAUAAAGAUCCCGGAUCCGGGAUCUUCCCCGAGGAAGGAGGGAAGGAGGACGAAGGGGAGGAAACGGAGGGUUUCUCGGAGUCGUGAGAAAAAAAAACAGACGCUGAAAAUCCGCGGUGAGAUGCGGUGCGCUCGCUCUUUCUAUCUCUCUCUUUCUUUCUCUCUCUCUCUUUCCCUGCGGGCAUCCGGACAAUGAGCCGUAAGGAGCGAAGGUAGACAAAGGGUCGCCGGACCGCCGAGCGUCCCGGCGCAGUUUAUGUUCGUUUACGCUGCGAUCGAAACACCGAUCGCUAUGCGACACCAUCGAGCGUAGAAGAUUAGCCCGGUCACGCUUGUGACGAGGGUUCGCUCAUCCGCGAGGUCGACCCGGGGUUGUUGCCUGCUCGCGAUCCGAGGAUCACAUUGCGUUUUCCUACGCGGAUCUUUUCUCUCUCUCGCGUACAUCCAGCGAAGGUGACCCGUGAUGUCGACGUGAUGCGCUUUAGUCUUGAGACUCUUCAGGAUUUCCGCGAGGAAGAUCCUCGUAGAGCGAGUAUAAUAGGGUGCACCAAAUAAAGCGGAUGGUUGGAACGCAUAGAGCGACGAUCGCAGAAUAUAGCCAUUAUGGAAGCAUUGCGUUUAGCUAUACAGACGCGGCUUGGGGAGAGGAUGGUCAGCAUGAGCUCCAUGCUCGUAGAGACAGUCAGUAUAAAUUAUGAAGAUUUUAAUGAGAGUUUUUUAACAUGCGGCACCUGUCUCUGUGUUUAUGAUGGCAGCGAGCAUACACCUAAAUUAUUACCAUGUUCACAUACGGUAUGUCUACAUUGCUUAACAAGGAUUGCUGCAUCCCAAACACGAGAGACAGGAGCAUUUAGAUGUCCCAUUUGUAGGGAAUUAAUAACAAUUCCUCGUGGAGGGGUACCCGCACUGCCCCCGAGUUUUCUCGUAAAUCAAUUACUAGACCUUAUGUCUCGACAAAGACGAGAGGUCAUCCCAAAGUGUUCAGUUCAUAUAAAUCAGGAAUUAUUAUUUUGCGAAACAUGUGAUACAGUAUUUUGUACAGUAUGUACCAGUGGAACACAUGCAGGAACGUCGCCUGGAUGUACAGAACAUACAAUCAUCCCUUUCAGUAUUGCGAUAAAAAGGAUGUCCGAGAUAUUGCUUUAUAAAGCUAAUGAGUGUAUAUCUAAGUUAACACAGGCACAAGACUCUGUAAGCACGGAACUACAGCGUUUGGAGGCUUCCACGGAAAGAUGUCUAAACGCGGUAGAUACGGAAUUUGCGGAUAUUAUUGCGAAAAUAGAGAAGCGUCGAACGGAAUUGCAAGCCGCCGUAAACGCCGCUGCUCGUGAUAAGAAGCAUGUACUCGAGGAGCAGCAUUCUCUCAUAGAGGCGGAGAAAAACAAGGUGGAGAGAGAAUGCGAAGGAUUGCAGUAUCAGGUCGAGGUCCGAAAUAUUACUCAGCGUAUUAACAGCCUAUCAGAUCAGCUCGACGCGGCGACCGCUCUCAGUGAACCCAAGGAAAAUGCUUUCAUUACGUUUGAGUUUAAUCAUAACGAUGCUCUUUCUCAGUUGGAGCAAGCGCUAAGCAAUUUAGGACGAGUACGUUCUAGUACAACAUUGCCAGGUUUAUGUCGAGCUAGACUGAAAGACUUAGCGAUAGCGAAAUUACAAGCAACCGUCGUAGUCGAAACGGUGGAUUAUCACGGUCAUCCUCGGAAUGUCGGUGGUGAUCUGAUCAGUGCUGAGUUGACACUCGCGGAUAACAUACAUACGGAAAAUCAGAAUGUUAUAAUUGAGACGGAAGUAAAAGAUUUGGAGAAUGGAACGUACGAGAUUUAUUUCCGACCACCGACUGCGAAUCGAUACGUUUUAAAAAUAUCCGUAUUCGAACGACCCAUAAAAGAUUAUCCGCUAUUUUUCGACGCAACCGAGCAUAAUGAAGCUAUUAAGAUAUACGGAAGACGUGGUAACGGAAAAGACGAGUUUCAUCAACCAGUGUCAGUUGCAGUGGACGACGAAGGAAUGAUCUAUAUUUUAGAUACUGGAAAUUCUCGCAUUAAGGUACUCAAUUGUGAUUUGGAAUUUCAAAGGCAUAUAAAUAAUGAAGGUUUAGAGGGUCGCAGUUGUACGGGAAUAGAUAUUUCUCAACAAGGUCUCGUAGUUGUAAAUUGGCGGACGCGAAAAAUCACGGAAAUGACUUCGUUAGGUGAUACGAUCCGAUCUUUCUCGCAUAACGCAUUUCAAGAACCUAUAGACAUUGCAGUAGAUCAGAAUUAUGGACACAUACUUGUCGCUGAUAAUGGUAAAAGUUGUGUGUUUGUAUUUGAUUCAGACGGCAAGAUACUAUUCCAGGUCGGUAAGAGAGGCACAUUUAAACUAAUCAGUUCUGUGACUGUCGGCCCUGCCGGUGAGAUUCUGGUUGCUGAUAGCAGAAUUCAAGUCUUUUCCGCAAAGGGAGAUUUUUCUGAAGAAAUAUACUCCGAAGGCAAAGGAAAAGGUACCUAUGGAGGAAUAUCCGUGGAUGCGGAUGGCAAAAUAGUUGGCACCCGUACAGACAAGGGCCGUAGCAUAAUACAAGUAAUGAAGCUAGGUGGAGGUAAUAUUUUAACUGAAAUUGAUUCGCAUAGUUCAAAAUUGCGACGUCCAUCAGGUAUAGCCGUAUUACCGGAUAAUCAUUUAGUGGUAGUGGAUUUGGGCAAUGAUUGUAUAAAAAAGUACAGAUACUGGUAGAAAGUUGUUAUCCAUUUGAGUAUCAAAAUUCACAAAUCGCGAGCGAGAAAAAAGUUCGUUACGAAAAGAGAUACCAAAUGUCAAUCUAAUUUAGAAUUAUUUAUUCAGGUAUUUCUGUGAAACUUAUAGCUGUAACAUUAUGUAUUAUGAUAAAAAAAUAUGCCUAUGUUUUUAUAAAAGAUUUUUAUAUAUAGUUUAUAAAUUGCAAGAUAAAACGCGUGUGAAGUGAAAUAAUAUUAAAAAGGAAG